UUUAAAUGAAAUUCCGUCAUAGUAAGUAAGCAAACUGCGUAUUUCUGUGCUGUGUUGAUAUGCGUAGUUCCGUGAUUAAGUUUUAACGUUGUAUAAGCCGCACCAGCUAAGUUAGCAGUCCAGUCCAGUUCGCAAAAGCUUGUGCAGUGCGCAGUGUUGGGCCUGGAUCUCUUCGGCGUCGUGGACGUGCUGUUCUUCAUCAAUUCCAGCGCAAAUCUCUCCUCUUCAUCAGGACUACAGCUCCAGGAUCUCAAGUCAAAACACUUCUUAUGUCCCUCAUCCGUCUUUUCGAACUUUUGCAGAAAUUUUAAAGUUGUUUUAAGGCCACUGGAUUUAGCUGUUUACUGAAAAAAAAAACAUGCGUUAACAGUAUUUUUUAUUUUAUUUUAUUUUUGUCUCCCAUUACAUUUUGCAUUUCUGAAUAAAGAGAGGACUGUUCUUGUUAACAACACUGGCGAUUAGAGGUGUGCAAAAACAUUGAAAUAUCGAUAUAUCAUAUUUAGGGAUGUAACAAUAACUGAAAUGUCAUGAUAUCGUAUCGUCAAAGUUGUUAAAAUAUAUCGAAUUACAAGUCUCUUUGCUUAAAUUAAGAGUUAUGGUGCAGUAAUAGCUAAAAAAAACAGAGGGGACUACAUAGACCAUGAUUCUUUGCUCCAUUUCAGUGCAGACUACAAGAAGAAAUAACAGUUCUAAGCAUUUUUAAGUCUUAGUUCUUGUCUUAGUUCUAGUUCAAGUCUUGUCAAGGCAUUUUAAGAGGAAAAAGUAGCAUAUUAGCCUCCACAAAAUAUCGCAAUGAAUAUCGUACCUUGAGAUGUAUAUCGUGAAAAUAUCGUACCGUGAGAUGUAUAUCGUGAAAAUAUCGUACCGAGAGAUUUGAAUUUUGUUAAAUCCCUAAUCAUGAGCCUCUGCAAUAAAUAUCGUACCGUGAGGUUCAUACUGUGACGAUACCGUAUCGUGAAACUUGGAUAUUAUUACACCCCAAUCGUAUCAUUUAAUGUGAUAAUACAGUAUUGAUAUUGCAGGUUGCUGUAUCGAUAUAUCGCCAAGAGUAUUUUUUUAGUGGAAGGAAACUCGUUUAUGCGACACAUUUGACAUUUUCUUUGUUUCGAUGAUUUAAAUGGGAGCGUUUCAUAUGAGCUUUGUCCAAGAAGUGGUUUAACGAAGACUUUUUUUUAGUAUCACAGACAUAAUUUAGUCUUUAUUUUUUACUGAACCGUAUCAAAUCGAAAGUGCGUAUCGUGGCCUAUGUAUCGAGCUUCAAGUACAGAUUGAGGAACCUUCUGCUUUGAAACAAGAAGAGGAGUUUUACUUUUAUCCCAGAGACUGCACUUGCUUUUAGUGUUGUGCCCUGCAACAUCUCAGUAUUUUCAAAGAUAUUGUGAUUUCUUAAACAAAGCUUUUGGACUCAGCGAGCAUCUGUAGUUCAACUCCCUAAUGGCUCAGAAAGGGAGUGGUUUUAGUGCUGGUCGCGGUUUACUAUCUGCAGCAAACUUCAGCCCUGGGCGUCCAGGCGGAGGCAUGGCCUCAGGGGGCAGUGGUGGGCGUGGCCCGGAGCAGAUGGGCAGACCUCACAAUUCUGCUGAACAUCUGAGCAGCACCUCCAUGAAGCUGUUCUCCAGCCUGGGCCUGUCCCCCUCGGAUCUAGAUGCUCUAGCUCAGAUUCCUGAAGAUCAGAUCUCUGUGGAGACUCUGCCGCACAUUCUGAGGCAGCUGAAGAACCGUAAGAACCGCGAGGGCUUUGCAGAAUGGGAUGAACCACAGGCCAGAGAGGGGCCACGAGACCUGCAGUUCAAUUUCAGACAGGACUCCGCUCAGGGCCAUAACUUUGGUCGAAACUUUGCCGCUUCUGGAGACUUCUCCCAGCAACGUCAUGACUUUGGUAUGUCGCCCCCUUCUGACUCUGCGGGGUUCAUGCAGGGGCGCUCGGGGCAGCCGUCUCAGGGCAAAGUGGAGGACUUCCUGGGAAUGAAUCCAGCCCGCUUCCCACAUGUGUGUUUGCUGUGUGACUUUGACGUUCACUCCAUCAUGGAGUGGAACCAGCACCUAAACGGACUCAGACAUGCGGAGAACAGAAGAGUCCUGCUUAACAUGUAUCCAGACUGGGAGCCCCCCAUGUCGUCCAACAGAAGUCGGGGCAUGGACGCUCCAAACCUCUCGGACGGGAUUCUGGGACCUGCUCCUCUGUCCGGCCAGACUUCAGGACUUUCCUCACGCUGGGGAGGGGGCGCUGGAAUGGCUCAGAAGAACACACAGGGGCAGAACACGAGAGCUCGAGUGGUGGUGGUGAAGUACGACCGAAAACCUCUGAGCGACAAAUCUCUGUUCAACUUUGUCGAGCCGUUUGGACGAUUAAGAGAACACCUGCUGCUCAAGAACAAGGGCUUCCUGGAGAUGAGCACCCACGAUGAGGCUCUGGACGUGGUCAACUAUUACCAACAGAAUCCUGCGACUUUAGGAGGGCGCCCCCUGGUGUUUGAGCUGUCCAAACGACUGUUCAUAGAGAAGACCCAGUCUGCUCAGCCGCCCCCCAGACCAGUGGAGCGCAGCAUGAACCGCAAACGGUUCACGGGGGACGAAACCCCCGGGGUCAGCCAGGUGGUGUACUUCUCCAACCUGCCCCGAGAGGAAGAGAAGAAGAAGGACCUGCUCACCAUCGCAGGGAGGUUUGGCACCGUGGAGAAGCACCUGUUCCUACAGAAAGAGGGGUUCAUUCAGCUGUCGUCCCCCCGAGAAGCAGAGAUGAUGGAGAAGUACUACAGCAUGAACCCGCUGGAGGUCAGAGGGCAGCAGGUCCGAUGCAACGUCUGCACUAAAUACAAGACGCUGAAUGUGCCACAGCAAAGCAACAUCAAGAGCUCUGGUUCUCAGGGUUCACGUGGACCCAGACCUGCCAGAUCAUCCAGUCCCCGGCGCUCCACAGACCGGAAGAGGAGUCCCAGUCCCAAACCCAGACCCAAAACGGAGCGCAGGAAGGAGGAGCGGCCCAAGGCAAAAGCAGAGUCUACAUCCAAACCUAAACCAGAGACUAAACCUGAAUCCAAACCUGAUUCUAAAUCCGAGUCCAAGUCUGAGUCCAAAGCCGGUCCAGAGAAGGAGGAGAGCUGCAGUGAGGAGGAGCGGACGAGCAUGAAACACGAGCCGGAGAACGCAGAGGGAGAGGAGGAACAAAAGGCCUCUAAUGGAGACGAACGCUCUGAGGACACCGCUGAGGAAGAGGGCGGGGACGGCGAAAAGGUGAAGGGCGCGGAGUCCGAGGAGACAAAAGACAGUAUCAUGGCCGACGCUGAGGAGGGUGUGGAGGGACAAGAGGACGAGGAUUUCUUGGAGAAUAUGGACGACAUGGUGGUUGUGGAUGAAAUCGAGGAUGAAGACGGAGCAGAUGCUAUAGAUAACUCAGAGAAAGGGGGGAUGCGUGUGGUGCUGGUUAUGGGUUUUAAAAAAGGAUACAACCAUCUGAACGAGCUCAUGCAGCUGGCGCAGCCCUUCGGAAAAGUGGUGCGCCACCUGGUGCUCAACAUGCAACACAAGGCGUACCUGCAGUUCUCCACGGAGGAGGAGGCUGUGGCCAUGGCAAAGUUCUACAACGGAAACGUGCAGGCGACGGUUUGUGGACGUCCGGUCAAGAUCUGGCACUACACUGCACAGCCCACCAUACAGUUUGGGUUUGUGGUGUACAUCGGGAAACUUCCAGAUGCCAAGUACAAAAAGGAGGAGGUCCUGGAGCUGGUGGAGAAGUUUGGGAAAGUCAGGAAGUACUUUCUGCACUACAUCCGCCGAGAGUGCUUCAUCGAGAUGGAGACGGAGGAACAGGCCGAGCGAGCGGUGGAGCAUUAUCGUCGCCAUCCAGCGAUUCUCUACGGCUCACACCUCACCAUCUACGUCAGCCGCAAGUACAGAGUACUGCGCGGGAGACACGUGGUGGUCCCAGGCUCAAAGAAGUCUUCAAAACGAGAAAAAGAUUCUACCCCAAAACGGAGGAACGACGACGAGGAACCACCAGCCAAAAAAGCCAGAGACGAGAGGGCAGAGAAGAAGGGGGAGAGGAAAGAGGAGAGGAAAGAGGAGGAGGCCAAGGAGGGAGGAGAUGAGGAUACACCUAUGGAGGAUUUAUCUGAGGAAACAAAAGAGGAGACAUCUAAGGAAGUAGUGGAGGAGGAGAGUAAAGAGGAGACAUCUAAGGAGGGAGGAGACGAGGAGAUAGCUAAGGAAGGAGGAGAUGAGGAGAGCGAUGAGGAGACAUCUAAGGUGGAUGGAACCGCGGAAAUGAAAGGGGAGGAGAGCGACAAGGAACAGCCCGAGGAGAGAGAGGAGGAGAGGAAAGAGGAGAGUUUGAUAGAAGAGGAGGAGAGGAGUGAGGGAAAGGAGGAGGAGGACAGACUUCUGGAGAAGACUGAAGACAAGAGACUGGACCAGGACUCGGACCAGGAUCAGAGCGAAGAGGACGAGAUGGAGACCAAUCAGGAGCCUCCUCAGCCUGAAACUCCUCCUUCAGAGUGUGAAGCCACGCCCCUCGACUCUGAAGCUCCGCCCCCUGACACUAAACCUGCCGUGGCGUCGUUACCGCUGCCCCCGUACGACCCAAACACGCCUUUAGGAGUGGAGCAUGUGAAGAUGGGAUAUUACUGCCGCGUCUGCUUCCUGUUUUACUCCAACGAAGACUCGGCCAAACGCAUCCACUGCAGCAGCCAGGCUCACUACGACAAACUACAGAAAUUCCUGGAGAAGAAAAAGACGUCGCCAAAAUAGUGUUUUGUUUUUUUCCAUUAGGUUUUAUACAAAUCUAAAAACACUCAAACUUCAGCUCUGAACCAUUUUUUAAAUUGUGUUUUUGAUUGUGACAAAAGAGGGAAUCGUGUGAAUGUGAACUGAACACCUGAAGCGCUGAUCAAAUCUACAAGAGUCUGUUUUUUACUCAUCUGUUGUAUUUCUGUUGGUUUUUCUGGAGAACUUGGAUUUCCAGUGGAGUUCAAACUGACAAACGGUGAACUAGAGUUUAGUUUUCUUGGGCUCUGGUUUUUGCGAUCCUUUUUUCUUGUACAGAUAAAACUGCAUCUUGGAUCGAAGUGGAAAUGUUUUUUUAAUAAAAGCACAUUUCUUUGAA